AGGUGGUUUAAUGUAGUUGAAGGGGAUUUCCCAGUUUCGUUCAAAUACUUUCAUUCGCCCAAUUUUGGUUGCUGUGGAUCAUACGAUGGCCGACAUAUUGCCUGAAUCAUCAGAUUGGGCUUUUCUUCCGGCUCACCUUCUCGAUUCAAUCGCGGAGAAGUUGGUCCACCUCCCCGAUUUCCUCGCCUUUUCCGUCGUCUGCAAGCACUGGUUCUACGCUGCGACCUUCGACAAUCAACAAAAGCGGCAACAUCGAGCCUUCUUAGGACACAGACAGAUCCCUAUGUUGGUGGUCCCCUCUUCCAAUCCCAGAGAUAAGGACAGCAAUGGCGAAAACCCAGAAAAAACGCAGCCUUUACGGUAUUACCCGGGGUGGAUCUUCAUGCUGGCAAUGGUGAAAGAGACAGUCGAUCCUAGCAUUCUUAUGCUUGCGCUGGUGUGCUUUGAGGGAGGUCGCGUUGUGAUGUCCUAGCUCCCCGGCGACAAAUGUUGCAGUACGGGUAAGUGUCAUACAUAUCCUCUUUAACUUCUGCAUUUCCGAUCACGGUCUGGUCACUCUGGUCACUGUCGCUUCCUACUCCUUCUUCAGCGUUUCCGAUCACGGUCAGGGUCUCGUUGUUGUGGCCCAUUCCUUUCGCAUUUCCGAUCAAGGUCUGCUCAUCAUCACUUCCCACUCCUCCAGCAUUUUCGAUCACCGUCGUUUGGGUCUUGUCGCUUUCCAUGGAUGCCAUUUUUUAUCGUAUCGCUAGGGUUUUAUACGAGGGAAUAAAGGGAUAAUCUCGGUUCUGAAGCUAACAAAAGUGGUUAGAAAAGAAUAAAAUUCUCUUUCUA